CAAGUCCGGGUAACAGAGCCACCUCUGCAUCCUGCUGAGCUCUAUUCUCUCCAGCACAUCCCAACCUCUAGUGCUCUAUCCUCUUGCUCCUCCAGGAACAAGCCAUCAUGUCUCGCCAGUCAAGUGUGUCCUUACGGAGUGGGGGAGGCCGCAGCUUCAGUGCCGCCUCUGCCAUCACCCCGUCUGUCUCUCGCACCAGUUUCUCCUCUGUGUCUCGAUCCGGGGGUGGUGGUGGCGGUGGCUUUGGCAGGGUCAGCAUCCGGAGUGCUGGUGGAGCAGGAGGCUAUGGCAGCCGGAGCCUGUACAAUCUGGGGGGCUCCAAGAGGAUCCCCAUGAGCAUUGGUAGCUAUAGAACCCUACCUUACAUUAGUGGACGUGGCUAUGGCUUGGGAAGUGGAGCCGGGAGCGGAUUUGGUUUUGGCGGUGGUGCUGGUAGUGGCUUUGGGUUCGGUGGAGGUGGUGGCUAUCCGAUCAUAGGAGGCAUAGGCUUUGGAAGUGGUGCUGGUGGCCCUGGCUUCCCCGUCUGUCCCCCUGGAGGCAUCCAAGAGGUCACUAUCAACCAGAGUCUCCUGACUCCCCUUAACCUACAAAUCGACCCCACUAUUCAGCGAGUGCGGACUGAGGAGCGGGAGCAGAUCAAGACCCUUAACAACAAGUUCGCCUCCUUCAUCGACAAGGUGCGCUUCCUGGAGCAGCAGAACAAGGUCCUGGACACCAAGUGGACCCUGCUGCAGGAGCAGGGCACCAAGACCGUGAGGCAGAACCUGGAGCCUUUGUUUGAGCAGUACAUCAACAACCUCAGGAGACAGCUGGAUGGUGUCCUGGGGGAGAGGGGCCGCCUGGACUCGGAGCUGAGGAACAUGCAGGACUUGGUGGAGGACUUCAAGAACAAGUAUGAAGAUGAAAUCAACAAGCGCACCACUGCUGAGAAUGAGUUUGUGAUGCUGAAAAAGGAUGUGGACGCCGCCUACAUGAGCAAGGUGGAGCUGGAGGCCAAGGUCGAUGCACUGAUGGAUGAGAUCAACUUCUUGAAGAUGUUCUUUGAGGCGGAGCUGUCCCAGAUGCACACGCACAUCUCAGACACAUCUGUGGUGCUGUCCAUGGACAACAACCGCUCCCUGGACCUGGACAGCAUCAUCGCCGAGGUCAAAGCCCAAUAUGAGGACAUCGCUAACCGAAGCCGGACAGAAGCCGAGUCCUGGUACCAGACCAAGUACGAGGAGCUGCAACGGACAGCUGGUCAGCACGGAGAUGAUCUCCGCAGCACCAAGCAUGAGAUCUCCGAGAUGAACCGCAUGAUCCAGAGGCUGAGAGCGGAGAUCGAUAACGUUAAGAAGCAGUGCGCCAACCUGCAGAAUGCCAUCGCUGAAGCUGAGCAGCGUGGGGAGAUGGCCCUCAAGGACGCCAGGAACAAGCUGGCUGAACUGGAGGACGCCCUGCAGAAAGCCAAGCAGGACAUGGCCCGGCUGCUGCGAGACUACCAGGAGCUCAUGAACACCAAGCUGGCCCUGGACGUGGAGAUUGCCACCUACAGGAAGCUGCUGGAGGGCGAGGAGUGCAGACUGAGUGGCGAAGGAGUUGGACCAGUCAACAUCUCUGUCGUCACCAGCAAUGUCUCCUCUGCCUACGGAGGUGGCUCUGGAGGUGGCUAUGGAGGUGGCGCUGGCUUGGGCAGCGGCCUUGGUCUUGGCGGCGGCCUCAUUGGAGGUUAUGGCGGCAGCUUUGGUGGAGGUUCUAGUGGAUUAUUUGGGGGAGGUGGUGGAAGUAACUACACUCUGACCCCUGGCAUGGGGCAUGGCUUUGGCAGCAGCGGCAGUGGAGGAGGCAGUGUCAGUGGAGGAGGCAGCACCUCCAGCGUUAAAUUUGUCUCCACCACCUCCUCUUCCCGGAAGAGCUUCAAGAGUUAAGAGCCUGCUUAUUGCAAGUCACUGCCACCCAGGGCAGCAACCGGCCCCUGGCAACUGCCCCUUCUAGGUGGUUGCUAAGCUAAGAUUUCUCUUUUGCUGACGUGUAGUUCAGAACAAGCCUAUGGCAGGACCACAGUCUUUGGUUCCCGAAAUGGCCCAAUCUCCUAGAUCCUAUAUUCUUCAAAUCAGCCUUUUGUGGUCCUUGAUGAGAGAAAAAUCCAAAGUUUUCCAGUAUCUAAAUCAUCAAAACAGAGACCCCACCCCAAUCCAAAAUUUAGUUCUGGUUCUGACUGCCUUCAGAGUGUGUUCAAUAAAAUGCUUUUAUAAUAUAAA